AUGCUUCCACGCACCAAGUACAACCGCUUCAGGAAUGACUCGGUGACAUCGGUCGAUGACCUUCUGCACAACCUGUCGGUGAGCGGCGGCGGCAAGGUCUCGGCGGCGCGCGCGGCGCCGGCGGCGGCCCCCUACCUGGUGUCCGGAGACGCGCUGCGCAGGGCGCCCGACGAUGGCCCGGGCAGCCUGGGCCACCUGCUCCACAAGGUGUCCCACCUGAAACUCUCCAGCUCGGGCCUCCGCGGCCUGUCGGCGGCCAGGGAGCGGGCGGGCGCGCGGCUCUCGGGCAGCUGCAGCGCGCCCAGCCUGGCCGCCCCGGACGGCAGCGCGCCCCCCGGCCCCCGCGCCCCGGCCAUGCGCGCAGCCAGGAAGGGCCGGCCCGGCGACGAGCCGCUGCCCCGCGCCCCGCACGCCAGCGACCAGGUGCUGGGCGCCGGAGUCACCUACGUCGUCAAGUACUUGGGGUGCAUUGAAGUUCUACGCUCAAUGAGGUCUCUCGACUUCAGCACGAGGACGCAGAUUACCAGGGAAGCCAUCAGCCGCGUUUGCGAAGCCGUCCCUGGCACCAAGGGAGCCUUCAGGAAGAGAAAGCCUCCGAGCAAAGUGCUCUCCAGCAUCCUGGGCAAGAGCAACCUCCAGUUUGCAGGAAUGAGCAUCUCUCUGACCAUCUCCACCGCCAGCCUCAACCUGCGGACGCCCGACUCGAAGCAGAUCAUAGCGAACCACCACAUGCAGUCCAUCUCCUUUGCCUCGGGGGGAGACCCGGACACAACAGACUACGUCGCGUACGUGGCUAAGGACCCUGUCAAUCGCAGAGCUUGUCACAUUCUGGAAUGCUGUGAUGGGCUGGCCCAGGACGUCAUCGGCUCCAUAGGACAAGCCUUUGAGCUCCGGUUUAAGCAAUAUUUGCAGUGUCCUUCCAAGAUGCCCGCUCUCCACGACCGAAUGCAGAGUCUGGAUGAGCCCUGGACUGAAGAGGAGGGCGAUGGCUCAGACCACCCAUACUACAACAGCAUCCCAAGCAAGACAGCCCCUCCAGGGGGCUUUGGGGAUGCUCGACUGAAAGCCAGACCCCACGCCCCUGACACAGCGCAGUUUUCAGGAAAAGAGCAAACUUACUACCAGGGGAGACACUUAGGAGGCCCGACUGCUGAAGACUGGCGGCAAACAGCUGUCAGGCAAGGGUCCUUGGAUGUCUACAGCACGCCGGAAGGCAAAGGUCCCGCAGCCCCCAUGGGAGAGGCCCCCGCCUACGUGAAUGCCCCGCCCGGCCCCACCCCGGACAGCAGCGCCGAGAGCAGCCCCAGGAAGGAUCUCUUCGACAUGAAACCCUUUGAAGAUGCUCUCAAGAACCAGCCCAUGGGGCCCGUGCUGAGCAAGGCGGCCUCGGUGGAGUGCAUCAGCCCCGUCUCCCCCAGGGCCCCGGAUGCCAAGAUGCUGGAAGAGCUGAAAGCGGAGCCUUGGUACCAAGGAGAGAUGAGCAGAAAGGAGGCCGAAGGGCUGCUGAAGAGAGAUGGAGACUUCCUGGUCAGGAAGAGCACCACCAACCCUGGCUCCUUUGUCCUCACCGGCAUGCAUGAUGGCCACGCCAAGCACCUGCUGCUUGUGGACCCAGAAGGCACGGUCCGGACGAAGGACAGAGUCUUCGACAGCAUCAGCCACCUCAUCCACCACCACCUGGAGAACAGCUUGCCCAUUGUCUCCGCCGGAAGCGAGCUCUGCCUCCAGCAGCCGGUAGAGAGGAACCAGUGA